UUUGUGUCUAAAAAAUGUCAGGUAUUUUUGAUGAGAAUCUUAACUUCAUAUAUAGUCAUCUAAAUCAGAAAUUUAACUGUAUGAUAAAAUAUAGUUAGAACAUCCAUUUCAUAUUUUUUCAAUUAGAUAAUUUUCAGUAUUGCUUGAUUUAAGUGAAUAGCUCAAGCCAAGCUUAUGGUUCAAUUCAGCUUCAACUAGUAUUAUGAUUAUCAUUCCUAAACUGCAGUUCAAAAAAGUAAAGAAAGUUCACAUUUGACUUUAUUUUUACAAAAUCCUGUUCUGCAUAAAAUAGAAUAACACAUAAAAAAAAUCUUCUAAAACAGCUGCGGUCUUAUUUAUUAAACCAAUUAAUUCCACGUAAAAAUAAACAAUUUUUUACCAUCUCACAAAAUCACAGUGUUGAAGAAAAAAAUUAACUGAUAAAAAUUACUUUCUUGUUUAUUAAUAUGCUUUUAAAAACAGUGUAUUAUCACACCAAUUGAUGUUUGCAACCUCUACGUUGUCAUACUAUUUUUCAAAUGUCACAACAGAUUGUUAAACAAAGUGUUCUCAUGAAGAAGCGAAAUUUUCUGUUACUGGUAUUCUGUUGGAAGUUGUUAGUGAACUUAAUACAUGCAACAUCUUCUUCGUCAGAAUCAACACCAUCGUCACAUAUUGAAUGUGACACUUGGAAAGCAUAUGGCUCUCAUUGCUACCGAGUUUUCAAAAAUUUUGAAUACUUUAAUACAGCUCAAGAGACAUGCCAAAGAUAUCAUGGUGAUCUAGCUUCCGUGCUCAAUGAAGAGGAAAACCUUUUUCUUAACAGACUUAUUGCCAACGAAACAUUGUACCAAGAGGCGUGGAUAGGAAUGAAAAGAAGUAAUGUCAAUUUUUCGUGGGUCAGGGGAGAUAUUGUGAGUUACACCAACUGGAUGUUUGAUCGUCCAGGAGGGAGAGGAGACUGUACAGAAAUGAUACCUGGUGGAAAAUGGUCUAACAUUUUGUGCUACAGUCGCAUGCAAUUUGUAUGUCAAAAAGGACCGACAAUCAUAGAAGAUAACUCUCAGUUGUACCUAAUCAUGCAUAUCACGAUUCCACUUUCCUGUGUCUUCAUCAUGUUCCUCUUUGUAGGAUUUCUGUGUAUUAGAAGUCAUAAAGAACUUGCAGAAGUAAAACGACAAACCAAAGAAGCCAGUCCUUUCCAACUUGUUCAAGCAGCCAUGGGCUUGCCUCUUUCAAAAACACCCGAUUUAUUCAGAUCAAGUAAAGGAAAGAAUCUAUGGCAAGGCGCUAUUGAGCGAAUUAAACUCGAGCAGAUGCAUAAUAAUCCUUUAAAUAGUCCAGAAACCUUUCUGCAACGUUCAAGUGUAUCAAAUGACGCAGAAGAGGGUAGCAAUAAUAACAAUAAAAGUCCUAAAACAAAUAACAAAUUUUCAGCUCUUGUGCAAACAGUAAUGAGAAAUCGUGCAGAAACAAUACUGCAUGAUGGACAGCUAGGAGCUCCUGAACUUCCAUCCAUUACAAUUGAAAACAAUUACAUAUCUUUUGACACAGAUUUUCACAUUGAAGACGAUAAUAAUGCACACCCUGCUGACGCCAAUUCGACAGCGUCUAGUAGUUCAUCGGCCUUAUUAGAAUCUGAUUCCUCCACUAAUAGGUUGUAUGAAUCAAAAAUGGAUAUCUGGUUGAAAAAAACUCAUUAUGUCGAACCAAAAGAAAAUUCGAUGCACAAGAAACGCAAAUUUGUUAAAGAGGGGAAACAGAACGCUGUUGAUAUUGAAGAUAGCAUUGUUGAUGGUGACAAUGAUGCUGACGUUGAUGAUGUUUUUCGAAAUCCUGAAGAGGAAGUUGAUAAAGAAGUUAAAAGUCGGCGUGAUAAUGUUAAUAAAAGUGAGAGCACCGUUAGAAGGGGUUCAAACUUAGUCGAAGUCAUUGUCGACGUUAACCAUCGUCAUCCACUAAGCAGACAAAGCUCUUUGCCAACUCCAUCGAACAUUUUUAAUAUUUAUUCACCCGAUAAAUCAGACGUCUUUAUUUCAGGUCCAAAGUUUUUCAAUGACAGAAAAACAGAACUUGCUAUUAGAAAGUCAAAUCCUGCAGUAGAGAAACAGUAUGUGGAGGAGCGAAUCAGUUUUGCUGACGCCCUUCGACGUGAAUCUUUUAAAAGACGAGAUAAAUACUUCCCAAACUCUAAUAUCGAGAGCGUGAUUGAAAGGACUGAAAACAACCGCUCGCCAAUUAGAACAAAGUUUAAGCGUGUCAAUAACGAUUACCUAAAGGUAACAUUGUGCUAAGAUUUUUUAUGCAAUGAGUAAUUUUUGUAAAAAUGUAUUUAAAAUAAUUCUUUUAAAAUUUUAAA